AUGUCAAUGUCCACCUCAACUUCUGUUCAAUUUACGGUCGGGAAACUCGAUGCCGGAAUGGCCAUCUUGUUAACAGAAGAUCACCAUUUGAUAGAAUUUCCAUCAUUAUUGCUUCCGCCAGGAGUAACAUCUGGUAGCAUAGUAAAUAUAGGAGUAAAUCGUAAUUAUGAUCAAGAAGAGUCAAAAAAAAAAGAAUUUUGGGAAUUGCAAGAAGCGAUCCUUGAAGAAUUUGGACAAAAUGAACCAGAACCACCAGUUCUUAAUAUCAAACAUGUCACUCAAACAUCUGUUUUACUUGAAUGGGAACCAUUAGUUUUACAUCAAGCAAAAUUAAAAGAAAUAGAUGUUUAUCGUAAUUAUGAUCACGAAGGUAAUCAAGUUCAACAUAUUAAAAUUAAAACUCAUACUCUUGAAAAUUUAACUGGUAUUAACGUUUGCUUUGGUCUUUUAAGUAUUGAUGAUGAACAAGAUGGUGAAAAUCCUUCAUAUACCAAACAAGAGUUAAUUGAAAUUUUGGAAAGGAUUGGAGCUAGUUAUAGCGAACAUGUUGGUCCUAAUACUACUCAUUUAUUAUGUAACAUUCAAGGUGGUUCUGAAUAUCAAAAGGCUUUAGAUGGUUCGAUUCCUAUCGUUAAACCCGAUUGGUUGAUUGCUUGUGAAAAGGCUGGUAAAAUGCAACCUGCUUUACCCUUUUACCUUGUUCCUCAGACUCCUGUUUCUGAAGAAAAUAAUAAAUAG